GCAGGGGCCGGAAGAGUGGCUACGAUGACGUCGGCAGUCCUGGUGGACAUCCAAGAGGAGGUGACCUGCCCCCUCUGCCUGGAGCUCCUGACGGACCCCCUGAGCAUAGACUGUGGCCACAGCUUCUGCCAAGCCUGCAUCACGCAGAACAGCGAGGAGUGGAGGAUGGACCAGGGAGGGGAGAGCAGCUGUCCCGUGUGCCAGACCCGCUACCGGCCUGGGAACCUGCGGCCCAAUCGGCACCUGGCCAACAUCGCCGAGAGGCUCCGGGAGGUGGUGUUGGGCUCAGGGACGCAGCUGAAGGUGAUCCUGUGUGCGCACCACGGAGAGAAGCUCCAGCUCUUCUGCAGGGAGGACGGCCAGCUCAUCUGCUGGCUCUGCGAGCGGGCCCAGGAGCACCGUGGCCACCACACGUUCCUCAUGGAGGAGGUGGCCCAGGAGUACCAGGAGAGGUUUCAGGAGUCUCUGAAGAAGCUGAGGCAAGAGCAGCAGGAAGCUGAGAAACUAGCCGCUCUUAUCAGAGAGAAGAGAGCAUCCUGGAAGAAUCAGAUGGAGCCCGAGAGACACAGGAUCCAGAAGCAGUUUGACCAGCUGAGAAGCAUCCUGGACAAAGAGGAGCAACGGCAGCUAAGGAAGCUGGAGGAGGAGGAGAGGAAGGGCCUGAGUGUCAUCGCAGAAGCUGAGGGGGAGCUGCUCCAGCAGAGCCAGUCCCUGAGAGAGCUCAUCUCAGACCUGGAGCGCCGGUGUCAGGGGUCAAUGACGGAGCUGCUGCAGGAUGUGAGGGAUGUCGCGGAAAGGAGUGAAUUCUGGACCCUGAAGAAGCCAGAAGCUCUCCCCACCAAGCUGAAGAGUGUGUUUCGAGCCCCAGAUCUGAAAAAGAUGCUGCGAGUGUUUAGAGAGCUGACAGAUGUCCAGAGCUACUGGGUGGACGUGACUCUGAAUCCACACACGGCCAAUUUAAAUCUCGUCCUGUCUAAGAACCGGAGGCAGGUGAGGUUUGUGGGCGCCCAGCAGUCCGGGUCGCGCUUGGACGAGCACUACGGCUGUGGCGUCCUGGGCUCUCGGCACUUCUCCUCGGGGAAGCAUUACUGGGAGGUGGACGUGGCCAAGAAGACCGACUGGAUCCUGGGGGUGUGCAGCGAUGCGAUGGCACCCACGUUCUCCUUCAGCCAGUUUGCCGCAGGUCGGAACGUUUACUCCAGAUACCAACCUCAGAGCGGAUACUGGGUGAUUGGAUUACACCGGAAGCACGAAUACAGGGCCUACGAGGACUCGUCUGCCUCGCUGCUGCUCUCCAUGACUGUGCCUCCCCGCCGGGUGGGCGUGUUCCUAGACUACGAGGCCGGCACGGUCUCCUUCUACAACGUCACCAACCAUGGCUUCCCCAUCUACACCUUCUCCAAAUACUACUUCCCCUCCACUCUUUGUCCGUAUUUUAAUCCUUGCAACUGUGUGGUCCCAAUGACCCUGCGUCGCCCAAGCUCUUGA